AUGUAUAAAUUCACUUUAAUAGUUGUUCUAGUCGCUAUCACCCAGUUGGCUGCUGGUCAAGUUAGUUUAAUCAUUUACAGUACGGCUGACGAAAAUAUGGCCAGUUCCGCUGAUGUAACCGCAACCAUCUCGCAACCAAUAGAUGCAACUACUGGUUCUUAUAUGCCAACACCAACAAUCUCAGCUACUGCUACAUCAUCCGGUGUAACACCAACUGCUGCCGCUACAUCGACACCAGUUGCUGCUUGGGGACAAUGGGGCGCUUGGACUCUUGGUACAUGCUCUAAUGCUUGCGGAAAUGGUACAACUACUCGUUCUAGAAAACGAUGCAAAGUCAAUGAUGUUAACUUCUGUGAGAAUGAAAAUGUAGCAAACUAUCCCUGCGUUGGACCCUGCACAACCACUUCUGGCAAUACCACUGCCACACCAGUAGCUGCAUGGGGACAAUGGAGUGCUUGGGUCGGUGGGGCUUGUUCCAACCCUUGCGGUAACGGUACUCACACUCGCACCAGGCAAAGAUGCAAAGUCAACGAUAAUAAAAACUGCGAAAAUAAACAAGAAGACAACGCUUUCUGUGUUGGCACAUGUGGAACAAAUUCUACAGUUAUACCCACUAGUGGUGCUCCGCACACUACUACCCAUUCUUUGCCCUUGGUUAUCGCUUUAGUUUUCAUCAGGUACAUCAAUUUUAUUUUAAAAGUCAUCGAUAGCGAAUGA